AUGCCUUCUCACGAGGUCCAAUUCUGGAUUUUCUCACCCGCGGACUUGGACGGGCGCAUUGUCAGCAGCUUUCUCAUAUUUCGGGACCCGACCUCGCCUCUGCCGACAACAAAUUCAAGUUCUCACAAUCUUUAUUGUACACUCAUCGGCUCCCGCGUCGUCCGCUUGCACACCGAGGACUCGCCUACGAGAUCGACGAGUGGUAGCCCCCAAAGGACCCUUGCCACAGGCCUAUCGCUUAGCGGAGGGAGAGAUAUGGACGACAGCCAGCUGGACGCCAGCGGCCAUGAGGAUGGGCCUGACGAUGCGCCAGAAGAAGCGCCUGAGCCGUCUUCAGCGAAUCCUCAGAUUGCUAUUCGCAGGGCUUGUGACGCUUGCCGUGCUCGUAAGAUCCGCUGCAAUAGAGAAUCGCCUUGUUCAUAUUGCACGCACGCCAAGAUCGAGUGUACACAUGCCGACAACAAGCCCAAGGAAAAACGGACCAGAAUUCUCAUCACCCCACAAUAUGAGCGCAAAAUUGAUCAGAUUGACCGUCGGCUCGAGACGGUCAUCCGCCUCCUGCAGGACAUGAAAGUCAAUCCCUCUUCUAAUAGUAAUACAAGUCGAGCCGAGCUACUCAAUUUCGCAAUGGCUACAGCCGCCACGCCUCAAGUCGAAGGCCCACCAUGCUCAGCUCAACGCGUCUCAUCUACUUCAACACCUGCCACUACGGCAAGCCACACCCUACAAUCAGACGAAGGCGAAGGCGGCAUUGUUGAGGGCGACUCUUCUCUUGCGGCGCAUUCUGUGUUUGCUACCGAGUUUUUGCAAAAGGUCGUGAGCACAGAGUCACUGCAGGACUCAAGUCUAGAUCUUGGCGAGACUCUAGAUGCAUUAUCACAAAUCGUCAAUGCGUUGAAGCAACCGGCCGCCGCGGGGGAGAUGACAUAUCCUCACGCGAAGCCAUUUACGCGGGUUCGUGCCCAAGGAAUUGAGUUACCGCCUAUAGAAAAAGCUGUGCACACUAUUAGAAUCGCAAAGAGUCAACGCCUCACGGGCAUGGCCUGGAUAUACGAUUUUCUGCCUUCCCGUCGGAUUUGCCGCGUGAAUCUGGAAACGUGUUUAGCAAAUCUUCCACUCCAUCUGCCGGCAUCUUCUGAUGUAAUUGUCGCGCUUCUUUUCGGAACUUUCCAUGCUGUUGAAAUCUCAAAACCUACGCUCGCUUGGACACUGUCUUCCAAAGCAUCAGAACUAUGUCAAACGCUUGGAUAUCAUCGAGCAGAGUCUCUUAAGAACACAAAGGACGAUGGUAAGCCCACUGUUCAUGGGAUGCACUGGCAUCAGUUCCUCUUCUGGAACGUCUAUUACAUCGACAAGAGUCUUUCGCUUCGCCUGGGCAGAGCAUCGACAAUUCCGGACUGGCACAUCACCAUGCCUCUACCAUCAUUGAAAGAGCCGGUUGCAAGUCCGAUACUACCAUAUUUAGUGUUGUGGAUUCGAACAGCGAAGUGUCAGGGUCAAAUCUAUGAGCUGCUUUACAGCCCCGACUCGAUGAUUCAACCGUAUCACGUUCGCCAGACGCGGGUGCAUGAACUAGUCUCCCUUCUCCACGACAUCGAUCAGAAGACGCAGGAAACCACUGCCAAUUAUCAGGCAUUUGCCCAAGACGGAGUAGAGGAGCACUUUGCAGAGUUCUACCUGUCUUCAGAUUACGUUCUGCGGCUCUCACUUCUUACUCUAGUUUACCGGGCUGCCCCAAGAGUUGAAGGGUCGCCAACGACGUUCAGUCCUGAAUGCAUCAAGGCUGCACGAGCAGCACUGGAAAAGCACCAAGAAUGCGUUGCCAUCAUGCGCAAGUCCCACGAUGUUUACUUUGCAACCUACAUUCACUGGACUGUGCUUUUCGCACCAUUCAUCCCCUUCAUCGUUCUCUUCUGUCAGGUAAUUGAGACCCAAGACAAGGAAGACCUGGCACGACUGCAUUCUUUCGUGGUGUUCUUGCAAGAGACAUCAAAGAUGUCCGACGCAGCGGCCAAGAUGUGCCGCCUCUUCCAAGUCCUCUACAGCGUCGCGCUUCGUUUCGUUGAAUUCCGCGCGUCAACGCCUCAGUCGCGACAGACGCAGGCCAGCGCCGAGAUGGACGCUUACUUGGCAGCCUUGGGAUUCCCACCAAAAGGGGUCGAAGGGGGUCAGCAUCCGCAGCAGCAGCAACCCACCGCGUUUGCCCAGAUGACAAGCACUGCGCCAGACGUGGUCCCAACGUCUGGAAUCGCGGGCGUCGGAAUCGAUGCCAUGGACGAGAGCUUGAGGCCCGGUAACCCAAUGAUGUGGAUGACGAAUGCCGCUCAACUGGAAGACUUCUUCUACACUAAUACGGCGAUGAUGGACCUAUUACAAGAGCCCGGAUUCGAAGCAACUCAACAGCAUUAG